AUGGGAGCGUACUUGUCAGAGCCGAUUACGAAGAAGGAGUCGAGCGACGAAGUGGGCAAGAAUGUCGCGUACGGUGCGAGCUCCAUGCAGGGCUGGCGGAUCAGUCAGGAGGAUGCUCACAAUUGUUGCAUAGAUUUUGAUGAGAAUGUUUCAUUGUUUGCUGUGUACGACGGUCAUGGAGGACACGAGGUUGCGACGUAUUGCGCACGUAACCUUCCUGAUUUUAUCAAACAGACAGAAGCUUAUAAAAAAGGUGAUAUUAGACAAGCUUUAAUAGAUGCUUUCCUCGGUUUUGACGAAACUCUUACGAAACCGGAGGUUGUCAAUGUUCUCAAAGAGCUAGCAGGGACAUCCACAGAGAAAAAGGAGAGUGACUUGAAUGAAUCUGAUGAAGAGGAGAAUGUUAGUAAUCUUUGUAUGGAAGCAACAAUGCCAUUGGAACAAGUAAUGGCAAAAUAUCAAUCAGAAGUGUCAAAUCCUCAUCUAAAAAACCUGAAAGUCGAAAAAUGUGGUGCACGCGCUUUUGCGAGUCCUUUUUUACGAGGUAGAAGAGGACGAGAGAAAGCAGGUGGUUCAUCCUCGGGCGCAGGAUGUUCAUCGUCGCCGUCACCACCACCAACAUCAUCAUCGUCAUCUUCAGCCUCGUCUGGUUGGAAUACGAAUGAAACAGACGUAAGUAGUUCCAGUCAGCCUUGUGGAUCGACUCUGUCUAGCACAGUGGAGCGAAAAGAUUCCGAUAGUCCGGGAAAUAAUGAAGCUGAGCAAGUGUUGGAUUCAACGACGAGCAAUGGUAGCGCUCAUGCGUCUCCACCAGUGGUAUCUACUGAGGAUAUAGAAACUGCUAAAUCUAUGGAUAUGCCCGACAGCUCUGAAGAUGUAAAAGAGAAAGUCUCGAGUCCAGGCAAGGUGCCACCGUGCACGGAGUCUAAUGCGAAUGAGGUGGAAGUUAAUGGCGCAGAAUCAAAGAGGAUCGGAGAUGCAGAUAGUAGUAAAGGUGGAGGAGACAAUGUGUCGAGCAGUUCUUGUAUCCCUGUAGAAAACGGAGAUGCAGGUCAGCAAGAACGUAUAACUAGCAGUGGUCGAAGAAGAAUUCAACCCGUGGAUCUUUAUCAAAGUCUACUGAAAAAAGACAGUGAUGAUUCUGAGGAAGACGAUGAUGAUGAUGAAAAUGAUGAAACCUUUGAUGGUGUCCCUGAAAGUGAUGGUGAUGAUACGGAAGAUGUUGAAGAUGAAAGUGACGAAGAUGAUGAUGAUGAUGAUGAUGAAGUGGAGGAGGAAGAUAUAGAUGAUUCUGACGAUGAUACUGAUGAUCUCAUGGUGAACACUGAAAAGCCUGGCUCGGACAGUGGAUGCACAGCAGUUGUAGCGAUACUUAAGGAAAACGAAUUGUAUGUGGCUAAUGCUGGAGAUUCUCGGUGUGUUCUAUGCAGGGAUGGCCAGGCGAUUGAACUUAGUCUGGAUCAUAAACCCGAAGACGCACCAGAAAUGGAACGUAUAGUAAAAGCAGGUGGAGAGGUGACAAGUGAUGGCAGAGUGAAUGGCGGCCUCAAUCUUUCCAGAGCGCUCGGUGAUCAUGCGUAUAAGCAAAACAUGGUAUUACCACCUCAGGAACAAAUGAUCUCUGCUCUGCCGGACAUAAGGCAUAUUACAAUCGAUCCGGAGAAAGAUGAAUUUAUGAUACUAGCUUGCGAUGGCAUAUGGAACUUUAUGACCAGUCAAAAUGUCGUUCAGUUUGUGCGCUCCCGUUUGUCACAAAAUUACGAGAAUAUUUCGAAAAUCUGCGAAGAGCUUUUUGAUCAUUGUCUUGCACCGGAUACUCUCGGCGAUGGAACGGGCUGCGACAACAUGACUGCUGUAAUAGUUAAGUUUACAUCAUCGGCAACCGAAACUGUUAAAAAUAAUACCGUUGCCGAGGUAUGCGUUACAAAGAAACGAUCGGUUUCGCCAACUGCUGAGGAAAACAACGAUUGUAUCCCGGGAGAAAACACAGUAAACCCCUGCAAACGCGCUAAAACUGAGGCAGCUAUGUGAAUUAGGAGUCACCAUGCGUCAUGAACUGAUCUCCGGGAGCGGACGAAUGAAUGUUGGUGCAAAAGUUCUUGCCAAUGCGGAUAAAUAUAUCUACAUAUAACAUACUUAGUACAACUUUAUCAGCAAAAAUAUUUAUGGUUUUUGUAAGUUAGCAUCUCUGCAUUUCACAGUUGUGCAUGACAAGCCAUAGAUGUAAAAAAAUGUAACUUUACAUUUAUAGUAUAUUACGAUUAAAAAGAGAGCCAGAUAAAGAGCAUAUUAAUGCUUUUAAAAUAUUUGUUUUGUUUUCACUAUUAUAGAAAAAAAGUGCUGCUGAUGCACACAGAAUUGUGACACAUAUAGUGAAAAUGUUAUAGCCAUUAGAACGUGUGUUUGGUUUAAACGAUUUAAAGACGAUAAUUUCAAUAUUAGUGAUAAAGAACACUUCGGACAUCCUGCAACUAUGGAAGAGGAUGAAUUGCAAGCAUUGCUUAAUGAAGAUUCAGCCUAAUCGACUCGUGAGCUUGCAACACAACUGGGAAUUGAUUAUUCAACAAUUAUUUGCCUUUUAAAUGCAAUGGGAAAAAUCCAGAAGUAUUGAAAGUGAGUCCUGUUGCAUGAUAAUGCCAGGCCAUAUGUUGCUAAGGAACUAAGGAAGCAUUGUUAAAGUUGGAAUAGGAUGUUCUCCCGUAUUCAGACAUUGCCCCUUCUGAUUAUUAUCUGUUUAGAUCGAUGAACAUGGCUUAUCUGGUAAGCGCUUCUCAAAUGCCGAGGAUAUACGAAAAUGGGUCGAUCAAUGGAUCGCUUCAAAGGAUGAUUCCUUUUUUCAUGGUAUCCAUAUACUGCCGGAAAGAUGGAAAAAAGUAAUGGAAAAUGAUGGAAAA